UUAACCCUCUAUGGCAUUCUGUUGCCCUCAGGCAACAAACCACUAUUUUGGCCCACACACCGCCCCUUUAAAUUUUUUUAAGUAAAACAUCACAUUAAAAGUCUGAUGAUAUGUCUGUGACCAAUGAAAUUUGAGCUAGGCGUGGCUUUGACCUUUGUCUUGGAGUGAAACAAUCCUUUUUUGGACCGCAGCAGACUUGGACACACCCCUAGCAGAAGAUGACCUGCCUGAUGACAAUGAGUCUGUGGAUGAAGAGGAAAAUGAAGAUGAUGAAGUAUUACAGGAAGCUGUUCCACGCUUACCCCGUUGGAGAACACCCCACAGUGCCAAUAUCACUGACUACCCAGAAUGGCAGGCCAGUCUUCCAAAAUCAGAUCAUAUCAAUUCCCCCUACAAAUACUUCAAGAUGUUUUUUUCUGAAGACAUUCUGGAACUAGUUGUAGAGCAGUCAAAUUUAUAUGCCAUUCAGUGUGACACCAACAAGCCCCUUAACCUCGCUAAAAAAGAACUGGAACAAUUUAUGGGUACAGCAGUAUACAUGUCAUUGUUUGGAUUACCAGGCACCCGCAUGUUUUGGAACAAAGCCACCCGAGUGUCCCAGGUAGCUGACACCAUGGGACUAAACAGAUGGGAGUUCAUUAAAAAAUCCCUGCACUUCAACAACAAUGAGGUGAGACAACAAGAAAAUAUUGAUCCACUCCACAAAAUCCGACCACUGGUCACUCAUCUUACCUCAAAGCUGCAGACAAUACCAAUGAGUGAGAAGUUGGCUGUAGACGAGCAGAUGGUCCCAUUCAAGGGAAGAAAUACACUCAAGCAAUACCUGCCAGCUAAGCCAAAGAAAUGGGGCUACAAGAUAUUCAUCUUGGCUGGCUCUGAUGGUGUCCCGCACAAUUUUGAGAUUUACACAGGGAGAGUUGUGCAACCACCUGAGCUGCCAGAUGUAGGAGCAAGUGGCAAUGUUGUCCUCCGUCUGGCCCAGCCAAUACCCAGACAGCAGAACUACAAGGUGUUCUUUGACAACUGGUUCACGAGUGUCCCUCUCAUUCUCACACUUGCUCAGCAGGGAAUUCACUGUACUGGUACUGUUCGUAGCAACAGACUACCAGGUGUCAACUUGAUGUGUGAUACUGAGUUGAAGAGAACUGGGCGUGGAUCUUUUGAACAGAAGAUGGCCACGGUUGGCGAAACCACCUUGCAUGCCUUGAAAUGGUAUGAUAACCGUUCAGUCAGUCUUCUCAGCAAUUACAUUGGAGCACACCCAGUCACCGACGUUGAUAGGUGGGAUGCCAAGCAGAAAAAAAUCAUCAAAGUUCCCUGUCCUGCUGUGGUGAGAGAGUACAAUAAAAAUAUGGGUGGAGUGGAUCUGCUGGACUCCCUCAUUGCACUGUACCGCAACAAAAUCAGGUCGAAAAAGUGGUACCAUCGGCUGAUGUUCCACUUUAUCGACAUGACCAUCGUGACUGCCUGGCUGCUCUACAAGAGAGACUGCAGCAGCACUGGGAUGAGAAAACAGGAACAGAUGAGGCUUUAUACAUUCAAGUCGUAUAUUGCAGAAAGCUUGUGCAAAAGUGGCAAGAAUCUGGAGCGCAAGAGAGGUCGUCCCAGUUCCACAAUUGCUGGGGAGUACGAAGAGAAGAGGAGAAGAGGACCCACUACACCUAUCCCAGUCCCUGAUGUGCGUCUGGAUGCCACAGCCCACUGGAUGGUCAUGGAUGAAAAGAAAGGGAGAUGCAAGGUACCAAGAUGCACAGGUACACCUAAAGCCAAGUGCCAAAAAUGUGACGCCCACCUUUGUUUCACAUCCACCAGCAACUGCUUCAUGAGGUUCCAUACAGAAUAAUACAAACUGUACUUUGUAAAAAAGAGAAACACAGAGCCAUUCAGUACCCCACAGGAACAUGUAUUUAGAAACAUAAACACACUGCAGCUAAUCUCUAAUGCACUAAUUAAUAAACCAUUUGUGGCCGUUUGUUGAAAGGAAACUUGUUGAAAUUGAAAUAAAACUUGAAAUAAAACUUCUUCUAAUGUAUUUAUUGCUUGUUUGUUCAUCAUUCCACUUAAAGAAAACCUUGGCGUUUUAGUACCCUUAUAGCAUAUUGUUGCCCUGAGACAACAAACCAAAAUCUGGUGGGGGGGGCAGGGUGGAGCACAUUUUCUGAUUGAUAUUUUAUAAAGACCCCCUCAAGCUCCCAAAACUAGGGUGAAAUAUUUUUUUCCUCAUAAAAUAAAAAUUCAUGCC